AGGAUGGAAGUCAUUGACCUCCUGCUCAAGAACAUAGACGAAACCACCGGUUGCCACAGCAACCAGCCCUGGACCGUCACAAUUCAUGACCCUCUGGUCCUUCAGGGAGGCGACACUGAUGAUUUCCUAGACGUCCUGCUGGGUGGGAGUGACUCAUCAUCUGCCCCAGCUUCCCCCCUGUGGUCGCCCUCCACCACUGACAGUGGCAUCACUUCUGAUCCCCUGGAAAGCCCUCAUCUGUCCUCUGCCUCAGCUUUCCCAGCUUUCUACACACCGCCUCACCCUCAACCUCCACCACUGGCGAACCAUCCCCCUAGCAACCUCACACCAAGUGAAAUGACCUCUGAUGUCUCCAUUGAUGUGGGUUGGGAGUCUGAUGAUCUCCAAGAGCAGUUUGGGAUUGCCUAUUAUCUUACCACUACACACAACAGCUCUCCUCUGUCCUCCGCUCACACCCUCACAGUGAAGGAUCUGCUGUUGUCUAACCUUGGACAGAAAGCACAGCGAAUCCCACAGCAUUCCCUGCAGGAGCUUGUGCUGAAUGAGGAUGAGAAGAAACUCCUGGCCAAAGAAGGAGUUAAGCUGCCAAGCAAACUGCCCUUAUCCAAGAUUGAGGAGAGGGUUUUGAAGAAGAUCCGGCGGAAAAUACGCAACAAACGCUCAGCUCAGGAAAGCCGGAAGAAGAAGAGAGAAUACAUAGACAGUCUUGAGGGGAGGAUGUCAGCCUGUAGCGCGCACAACCUGGAGCUGCAGAGAAAGGUCCAUCAGCUGGAGCAAACCAACAAUUCUCUGUUAGAGCAGCUCAGCAGACUGCAAGCUCUCCUUCCUAACAGCUCCAACAAAACAGCACAGAGAGGGACCUGCAUCCUGGUUCUGCUUCUCUCGUUUUCGUUCCUGCUAUCCUCCAGUCUUCAGCCAGACGCUAGCAGCCAGCUCGGCCACAGAGAAUUCACAGAGGCCAAAGUGCCAUCGCGCUCCCUACAAUCAGUGGUCGAGCUGGACGAGACCCAUCCAGCUGUCCUGUCAGCCUCCAGGGGGUUGCACGCCGUGUCCAGCCUGAUGGAGAGGCUGCGGCUGGGGACAGGUCUCCCCAAAACAGACCUCCACCCUUCCCACAACCAGGAUCACAGGCACUAA